AAAUAUAUUCACCACACCUCUUGAGAAUAAACAUUUCAUCAGGCAACACUGCGCAAUGUGACCUACUGAGUGUUUAUCGUUAAAAUUUCAAUCGGCUGGGCGGAGGAAAUCACCAGUCCAGGAUGUUUUCUUUCUUCAAGAGCAAAAAACAAAGCCCAGAGGAGCCAAUUCCACCAGCUAAUCCUCCUCCCGCCAAGCCAGAUGACUUCGUCAUGGUGGACCCCAAACCCAAUCCUCAACCACAGCCUGGAAUGUAUCCAGCAUUAGGCCCUGGAGGAAUGCCACCCUUUGGUGGUCUUCCCUCUGCCUUUCCACCCUCCGCAGGAUCCAGUCAGCAAUCUCUGCAGCCAUACAAUGCUCUCCAGGGGGUUCCCUUCAAGUUCUCCGAACAACUCAGCACCUCCGACAAGACGGAAGUGACCAAGAUCAUGCUGUACGACUUCCUGGAAGUCUUCUCCCGGAAUCACGAGAAAGAAAAUUACGAUUUCUCCGUGGAGCGAAGUGUUAUCAAUGUGUAACAUCAAAUCUAACAUACUCUCAUCAUUAUAACUGUAUUAUCUUUAUGAUUGCGUGCGAAAUAAAUUUAUUUUUUCUUAUUUAAA